GAAAGAAGAGCUACAAUCGUGCACAUGUUCGCAGGUAGGCGGAUGCAAACCAAGUGAAUAAUGCAACCAGUGCUCUGUAGAUGGGGUUGGAAUUUGCUAAAGACACGGCAGAUCGCCAAGAUUGGAACAAGCAUUCUGUCUAGAGAUGUCUGUUUUCACAGUACAAGAUGUUCAUUUGCUCUGAGGCUUGACACGGGUCAAGGUGGAGAUAACUCUAAUACUGCGUUUCCUCUUGGUCAUGCUUUAUCAAGGCAUUACAGUAGUGAACCGCCAAAGUAUUGGGACGAUGUUAAGGGCUUGCCACAGAUUGAUCCUGAACGGGGGGAACUGGUGUAUGUGGGCACCCUGGCUUUCAUGGUUAAGGGUGUGAAGGCAUUUUCAGUGAGCACAAGUGUACUAGCCUUGGGAUUGCAGCCGUACCUCCUGUACCACUCUCAAGGCCACACAGCGGGAACUGUCCUUGCACUGGGGACAAUCAUGGGAUUCUUCAUCUUCUGUACUCCCCUGCUAAUUCAUUUCAUCACAAAGAAAUAUGUCACUGACAUGUAUUAUAAAGCAGACACUGGUGUUUUCACAGCUACAACAUACAACCUUUUUGUGCAGCGCAAAAGGUGGACAUUUACACCAGAGGAUGUAUCCGUGCCAACAGUACCAGGCAUGUUUACAACGAUUCACAUCAAAGGGAAGCCACUCUUCGUGGACCAGUCUCUGUUUCGCAGCAAGCAGGCUUACAUCAAGAUGAUGGGAUAUGAUAAACCAUUGGACUGGGAGAUUCCCAAUCCUGACAAGCAGGAGGAGGAAGACAAGCAUUAAUGGAGGUGCAGCAAAGUUUGUGUUCAGGUUAUGGGAUAUGAUAAGCAGUUAGACUGGGAGAUUCCCCUUCCUGACAAAGGGCAGGAGGAAGACAAACAUUAAUGGAGGUGCAGCAAAGUUUGUCUUCAGAUGGUGUAUGUGUUCAGAUUGUGUAUGUGUUCAGAAGGUGUAUGUGUUCGGAUGGUGUAUGUGUUCAGAGGUGUGUAUGUGUUCAGAGGUGUGUAUUAUAUAAUAAUGAAGAUACAUGUGGUGUUUUAAUUUAGUGAAGAAGCUCUUGAACAAUUGCUUACAGUGACUUGAUUAUAAAUGAAUCUAUUGUAGUAUGUAUAGUACUGGCCUGUACUCAUGCUAUGC